CCGCUCUUUCCGGGGAACGGCGGCGCUGCGGGACGGGCGGGCCCGGCGCCGCCAUGGCCGCGUCCCCCGCCCGGCGGCGCCGCUGGGAGCGGGAGCAGGCCCGGCUGAGGGCCAGCGUGGUGGAGGAGGACACGGAGCCGUGGCAGAAGGAGCCGCAGUUCGCCGGGCUGCACAGAGUGGGCGGUGUGGAUCUGUCCUACUGCAAGGGGGACGAGAGCCGUGCCUGCGCCUCCCUGGUCGUGCUCAGCUACCCGGCUCUCGAGGUGCUGUACCAGGACUGCCGCAUGGUGCCCGUCACCGCCCCGUACGUGGCCGGGUUCUUGGCCUUCCGAGAGGUCCCUGUCCUGGUGGAAGCUGUGCAGAGACUUCAGCAGGAGGAGCCCCAGCUCCAGCCUCAGGUCCUUCUGGUAGAUGGGAAUGGCCUGCUCCAUCCCAGAGGAUUUGGCACAGCCUGUCACCUCGGAGUCCUGACGGACCUGCCCUGCAUUGGUGUGGCCAAGAACCUCCUGCACGUGGAUGGCUUGGCCAGGGACGAGCUGCACAGGGAGCAGGUUCGUUCCCUGCAGAGGUCAGGAGAGGCAUUCCCAUUGACAGGCACCUCGGGGAAGGUCCUGGGCAUGGUGCUGCGGAGCCACAGCAACAGCUCCAGGCCCCUGUACGUGUCCGUGGGCCACCGGGUGAGCCUGGGCACGGCCGUGCGCCUGGUCAGGGCCUGCUGCCGCUUCCGCAUCCCGGAGCCCAUCCGGCAGGCAGACAUCAGGUCCAGGGAGUACCUUCGGAGGCAGCCCUGUGCUCCAGUGGAGGGCCUGGAGGCUGUGCCUGCCAGCCCAGAGAGGUGGGUGUGUGGGCAGGGCACCUGCUCGUGGCAUGAGCUGCAGUAAUGGCAUUAAGGGUGCAGGCAGGGUAACCAGGUGAGCUCAGUGGGGAGGUGAGGACAUGUGCAGCCUCCAGAAGGUGAUUUCUGCUCCCUCUGGCCACGCUGCCCCACACGCUGUCCUGAGCUGGGGAAGGACAGCAGGGAUUUGCUCUUUUUUCAGCACUGCUCACAAGCAAAGCCCUAACGCCCACAGGUGUGACCUGAGGGGGAGCAGAAAUACCUGCAGGGAGCUGGGUUUGGCCCCAGGUCUUGGGGAGGGUCAGGGUCCCCCACUCUUACAUAAGGUGGGCCAGUGGGUGUCAGUUCAGGGCUAAAUCUGCCCUGGGGUGCAGGAGCUCAAGCUCACCAAGUGCCAGUUGUUUGUGCCUGUUGGCUUCUACUUUUUGUACAACUACUUCCUACUCUCUCAUUU